GGUGCUGGAUCUCUCCAACCUGGUAACCUGGUUACCUGGUAUUCCAACCUGGUAAUCAUCCUGCUCAUGACUACAGGGUGUCUGGGUCAGGACAACGGGAGUGUGACUUACACCCCAAGGAGAGUCUGCUCCUUAGAGGGCUCUUCUGUGACCAUGCCCUGCUCUUACACAUUUCCCAAGGGUCACAAAGUCACAACAGCUUUCUGGUUCAAAGGUCAAGUGCCUGGUGCUGAGUCUCUGGAUCUGAAUUUGAACCCUGAGUACAAAGGCCGUGUGGAGUAUCUAGGGGACAGUAACCAACUAUGUACACUGAGAAUCACAGACCUGAGAGAGAGCGAUUCAGGAACCUACAGCUUCCUGUUUGGGACUGACGUCAAUCCUGGGGGAUGGAUGGGGAAUCCAGGAGUCAGGUUAAAUGUGACAGGGCUCCAUGUUGAUUUGACCCCUGACCUAGCUUUGGACGGCGAGUGGGCAGACCUUACCUGUGGCUCCUGCUUCUUGAGUGAAAAUCCCACCUACACCUGGUACAGGGACAAACAGCCUUUGAACUACACCAACAAGGUCAAGGUUAUGGCCAACUACCUGGAACUAGACCCGGUAGGCAGGGAAGAUGCAGGCAGCUACUCCUGUGCGGUGAGCGGCAGAGAGGAUUCCCCUGGUCCGGCAGUGAUCCUUGUAGUGGGAUACUUCCCAAAGAACACCUCAGUGUCAGUCACAGUCAGUCCCUCCGGUGAAUUAGUGGAGGGCAGAUCAGUGACUCUGACCUGCAGCAGUGAUGCCAACCCACCAGUGGACAAAUACACCUGGUACAAGAAGAAUGAAGAACGGACGGGGUUCUCAGAAAAAGGAUCAGGGCAGAGUUACGUCAUCCUUAAAAUGAGCAAUGAGGACAGCGGGCAGUACUUCUGUAAGGCUGAGAAUCAAUACGGACCACUUGACUCUGCAACUGUGCAACUCAGUGUAACAGGUAAACCAGUGUUUCCCUGGGCUCCCGUUGUGGGGGUGGUGGCUGUGUUGGCAGCUGGAGCUCUGCUAGUCAUCCUCUAUGGCACAUUGAAGAAGAGGAAAGCCCCAAGAGGAAUGAACUUUAUCGGGGAGGCACAGAUGGUACCUUGUGGUAAACCGACACACAAGGCGCAGUCUGAUGACACAUACAUGACUCUGAAUAAAAGGACAAUGUCUCCUGAGUAUGACACUCUGGCUAACGUCAGAAACACUGUUGGCUGAAGAAGACCCUAUGCCUGCGACCUCAACAUAAAUAGGGUUAGAAGUGAACACCAUAUAACCGGUUGAAAAUUAUUAAAAAGGGUAUAAUUUUUAAAUGAUCAAAUUUAGAGUUGUAUAUUUGUUUUUCUAUAGGUACGCCUAAAGGUUUUUAGGCAAAAUAACCCAUUCAAAACGGAAAGCUAAUUGAACGUGGGAAUAUGCCAGGGCUAUUGUAUAAAUAGAACAAAAACGAACUAAACGUUUAAGGGAUCUGAAUUUUAGUUUAAAUAUUUUGCUACAAUGACAGUUAUCUACUCAACUCGUUCCUUUCUUUAAGCAUGUGCACGUAGUAAGUACACCAUCAUACCUUUCAAAGGCAUUAAGUCAUUUGUUUAAUUUGUAUUUAAUUCUAAGUCACAGCACUCUCUUUCUCUUGGUCCUCAUCUUUGUAAGUCACCUUGCUUUAGCACCUGUGCGUUUGAUCAGUUUCUUUAUGAAAAUAUUUAGUGAACUCCAUGACAGUUGCUAAAGCAGCACACAAGUAGACUACAAAUGCAUGCUGGGCCCAGCAUCUACUGAGCGCAACUUGGAGUGUUAUUGAAGCAGGCGAGAAGGCAGAUGCUCCAGAUUUCGGGAAUCUCGCUCCUUGCUCCGCUCAGAUACUCCGUCUAGAGAAGCAGAGCCAUUGUGCCACUAGAGGGCGGUCUCCCUCCAUUUGAUCCUGCUUACUGAUAUAUUUUAUUUAACCAGGAAGGGCUCAUUGAGAUUUGAAAUAUAUAGUAAAGGCAUAAAUGUAGCUGAUACUAGCUGAUUGACAGAAAGGAGGGCCCAUAAGUGUCUUUCUAUUCAACUUGUUUCUACCAAAAACAAAGACACAAGUCCAAAUAGCCAAAAGCCACUUUAUUUAUGAAACAACCUUAAAAGUGACUAGACCAGGAGUAUGAAGAAGUGGUACAACCCAGUAACUGGCGGUACAACUCAGUAACUGGCGGUACAACUCAGUAACUGGCGGUACAACUCAGUAACUGGCGGUACAACUCAGUAACUGGCGGUAUGCUGUCUAGUCUCUCAAAGUGGAAUGUAUUCUAGCAGUGUUGCUCAACUCCGUCACAGGUCCCCCUAGGGCAGGGGGUACUCAACUCUUACCCUACGAGGUCCAGAGCCUGUUGGUUUCCUGUUCUACCUGAAUUAGUUGCACCCACCUGGUGUCCCAGGUCUAAAAUCAGUCCCUGAUUAGAGGGAAACAAUGAAAACUUGCAGUAGAACCGGCUUCGAGGUCCAGAGUUGAGUUUGAGGACCCUAAGGGUUGCACAAUUGUUAACAUUAGUCCAGCACUACAGUAACACAACUGCUGCAACGAUCAACAAGCUCUUGAGUAGUUGCGUCAAGUGUGUUAGUGCUGGGCUAUAACAAAUAUGUGCAACAGGGGGGCGAGGGCAUGAGACUACACUCCCAGAGAGUUGAGUAACACUAUUAGAACUGGGCAAUGUAACACUACCAUAGACACCUAUAGGUUACGCUCAGUAACUACUGAAUCUUUAGGGGGAUUCUUCCUCUGCUCAUCCUGCUGGCAACACCAGGGUCAUUGUGGGUUCACCUCAGCCCACAUAUUACAUCAGUCAUUUGGGAUGAGACUAGAAAGUGUCCAAUGACCACAUUUAGCAUAAUUCCAACCAAUAAAACAGCAUGUUUUCACUCAAAGUGUUGGUCUGACACCUUUCAGUGUGUAAAUACCUGUUUUUGUCCUCCGAUUCUCUUGUCUAACACUUCAGAUACCUGUGGACUGAAGUAAUUAAAAUGUUGCAGAUUGAAAUAC